CAGACGACGGACCAGUCUAGUUUGUCUACAACUUUGUCGCCUCCCGCCAUGACGACGAUUCUCCCUGCUCUGGUACUGGUCUUCGCCCUCCCAUGGACUUCCAGCGUCAACCGAUCUGAAUCAGAACCCAGCGGAAGAAGUUAUGGAAACAGUUACAACCAAAAUAGCUACAACCCUAGCAGCUACAAAAAUAUGGACCAAAACAGCUACGGUGUGGGAAGCAGCUAUGUGGUGUCUCCGAGUGUGGAAAUUUCCAACUACGAGGUUCCUGCCUCCGACACUUCAAGCUACGUUGGAUCCUCACCCAAAGAAACUGCCAACUACGUUGGAACUUCCAUGGAUACAUCCAACUACGGUGUGUCCCAAUCCAAAGAUACUGCCAACUAUGUUGGAACUUCCAUGGAUACAUCACACUACGGUGUAUCCCAAUCCAAAGAUACCUCUAACUACAUUGGAACUUCCAUGGAUACAUCCAACUACAAUGUAUCCCCAUCCAAAGACAGUUCCAACGUUGGGUCCAGUUCCAGUGACACAUCAAGUUACGUGUCAUACCAGGACACCGCCAGCUACUUAGUGCCUCCAACCGACACCUCCAGCACUUACAACCAAGAUUACUACAACCACGGAUACAACAACUACGCACAGGAUCGCUUCCAUCCUCACAAAUCCAAACCUGACCCUUUCGUGAAGAGCCCAGACGACUCGCACACCGGAGAAGUAGUACUUCCUCCAGCACCUCCGGAUCUGCAAGCUAGUGGGAGUUCCCAAGAUGAAGCGUUUCUGGAACCCGAUUCCACGGCGCAGGGAAGUGCUGCUGAGGUGGUUGCUGAUUCUGCUCCUGUGCAAUACCAGAAUUAUGAUUAUUCAGCGCCAACUUCUCCCCCUCUGCCUGGAGGGUAUGACUACAAACCUCCACCACCACCUCCAAGACCUCCUCCACCACUUCCGGUUAAUCCAACACCUUACUACUACUACCCUCCUUCUCCACCUUCCAACCAAUACCUCCCUAUACCCACUCCCCCUCCACCACCACCACCACCUCCACCAGCUCCUCAGGAAGAGCGGCAGAGUGACUACACCUACUACUACCUCGGUCCCAAAUUGUGGUACGUCCCUUUAUUCUUCAGCAUCUACUUCGUCAUCUAUGUCGGCGCAUUGAUCAUUAAAGCUGUUGCCAAACACAAGAUUUUGCUUCCUCAACAACUCUAUAAUGCUGCAACUUCAGUAUACCAAUCUCGAAAGCUUGAAGAAGUCACAGCAAAAGUUACGAAAGGUCUGGCGCAGGCUGCUCUACGGUAUCUCAGCAAACGGAAAAAGAAUGUAUAG